UUCUAAUAAUAUAAAUACACAUUCAAAAGGCAUUUUGGCUCAUCUUCCUACUACUACUAUUUAUAUAUAUACAGUAAAUUAAAUAUAUCUAUCUAUAAUAUAAUACUACUAUAUAUAGCAUGACGAGUUCUUGCUGGGUUGCAACAGAGGAGGCGGUUGAUCGGAAAAUUAGGGUUAUCGGUGAACUGACUCGCGGUCGGGAUGUAGCUGACCAGCUCCGGCAGAUGCUUCGUGAAAGUCGUCAUCAUGGGGUUGGGGUUGAUGAUGAUGCUUCCUCUUCUGUACUGCCUGCUCAGGGCCUAGUCGGCAAAAUCUUGGACUCAUUUACUCAUUCCCUUUCGAUUCUUUCUUCCGAUGAGGCUUCUCAAGUUCCGGUGGGGUUCAGUUCACCUUCACUGAAAUCCGAAGAUUCCGGCGACAGCUGCAAGACGCCGCUGCCUAAAGAUCGGAGAGGCUGCUACAAAAGAAGGAGAAGUUCAGAAACAUGGACAAAAGAGACAGGUUCGUUGUUUGAGGACGGUCAUGCAUGGAGGAAAUAUGGACAAAAAGAUAUCCUUAACGCCACACAUCCCAGAAACUACUUCAGAUGCACGCACAAGUUUGAUCAAGGAUGCCAAGCAUCAAAACAGGUGCAGAAGAUACAAGAAGAUCCACCUCUGUACAGGACAACUUACCAUGGUCAACACUCUUGCAAAGACUUUCUAAAGUCGUCUUCGUCAUCGUCGUCACCACACCACAUCAUCAUGGACCCUCCUGCCUCACACGAUUCUUCUUCCGUCAUCUGGAGCUUCGGAUCACGCCACCUUCCAGACCCGACGACGACGGAUAAUUAUAAUAAGAAGAAGAAGAAGCAGCCCAACUCUGACGAAGCUGCAAUCUGCAUCAUCAAAGAGGAAGCAAAGGAAGAUUAUUAUAACAAUAAUAAUAAUUACGGAGGAGGAGUUUUGAAAUCUCCUUCUUCAUCUUCUUCUUCACAGCUUCCUGCAUCAGUAGUACUGCCGCCACCGUCGGAUAUUCAUAUUCAUGGGGGGGAUUAUUUCAUAACCCAGGAUCAUUAUAAUAAUUAUAAUCUGACUUGGGGUCAAUUUUCAGACGGCUCGGUUAUUUCUUCUUGCACUACAAGCACUAAUCACACUAGUAUGGAGAUGGACAUAAUGGUUGCCUCUAAUUUUGAAGAUUUUCAACUUGAAUCCUUCACUUAAUUAUAUCAUCAUUACCUAAGCUAGUUUAAUUAGUUUUCCCUUAAUUAAUUAGUGUUUUCAUAUUUCUACUUUAGAGUACUUAAUUACGUAGUGGAUGUAAUUAAUAAUCAUGUAAUAUAAUGCUGCUGUACAUAGCGAGGAGUCUAGUUUCGUUUCCAUUUCCAUUUC